GAGCAGUCACGUGUUGCACAUCAGUAAACACCUGACUAGAGUGAUGUUCAAUGUGCCAGCUUCAUCAGAGAAGAGUGGCAGAUACGGUGUCUCCUGCACUGGCAGCUAUUACUACCUACCAGACAACAAAUGGUUCCCGGCGCAAGUGGAGAAAGCCAUCACACUCCGAUUCGAACAAUUGCCAAAGAUUGAGUUGGUGGGACAGAAAGGGAAGACAGUGUACUUCCCUCACACCAACGAAACUGGAUAUUUCUUCACGGACGUCUUCUCCACUUCAGACAUAGUCACCGUCGACAUCGUC